CUCUCUCUCUCUCUCCCCAUGAGAGCUCUCCCUCCAGCUCCCGCCAUUCCCUCGCUCCGUCUAUGCCGUGUCUCGUCACUCGUGAGCUUCUCUCGAUUUCCGCCAUUUAUUCUCAGCAUGAAACCCUAGCCUUCGCGUGGUUCUCACUGUGUAAUUCCGCUUUUACGAGUUCUCUGCUGUGUCGAUUUCGUGAAGAUUGGGUUUCUCACGUUCUCGGAUCUGGAGCUCAGCAUUGCCGUUGAGACCUCCCGCGUGUAUCACCGGUUGCGAUCUUCAGUUACGCAGGUAGGCAAAGGAAAUUUUGUCAAAGUCGAUGCUUAUAUUCUGCUUCGCGACUCUCAAUUUGAUUUCUAUGGAUUCGGUAUGUGGAGCUUUAGUGAUAGAUCCGAUUGUUAUCGAUGACGUUCUUGAAAAUUUCAGGCGAUAGUUCUGUAAUUAAUGCGUGCGUGAGAGUGUUUGUUUGAGUGAUUUUUUUGAAUUUUGAGGUUAUCGAUGGCAAUGGAACUUCCUAGUGGAGUUGGUCCAAGAGUUAAGUUGCAUUGCGUGAACCAAGGAGAGUCCGAAGAGUCGCAUUCGCAUACACAAGGUUUUGAGUUUGAGAUUUCUGAUGAUGAUGGUCGGUCUGAUCAUCAGUUUCGUUCUAUGAAUGCGUUGGAGAUAUUGAGAGAAACUGUUAGGAUUCUCCGGUUCAAUUCAUGGGCAUUCAUGGGGAUUGCUGCAUUGUUAAUUUGUCCCGUGUCUGCUGUUCUCCUCUCGAAUGUGUUAGUCGAUCAGUCGAUCGUGAAGAGACUGACUAUUCGGCUCUUGUUACUCGCCAGGGCAAGUGGACUUCCUUUGAGGCCUUUCAUAAAACAGUCAUGCUAUCGUUUCUCUGAGAUGGCACUUUCCACCGUCUUGUGCUUCCCUUUGUUCAUCACGUUGUUGCUACUAUCAAAAGCCGCGGUGGUUUAUUCAGUAGACUGCACUUAUUCCAGGAAGAAGUUUGAUUCAUCAAAGUUCUUCGCAAUCAUUGCCAAGAUUUGGAAGCGCCUUGUUUCGACUUAUCUGUGGGUGUGUAUGGUUGUCAUUGGUUGCCUCACUUUGUUUCUUGUUUUGCUUGUCGCUGUCUGCUGUGCCUUCUCCUUAAUUGGGUUUCCAUCCGAUAUAAAUGUGUACCCUGCACUGAUGGUGGGGAUGGUUUUCUCUGUUGUUUUUGCCAAUGCUAUCAUGAUUUGUAACAUUGCUUUUGUAAUAUCAGUCUUGGAAGAUGUCUCCGGUCCAAAGGCACUGCUUCGUUCUGGUGGCCUAAUUAAGGGGCAGACUCAGGUGGGUCUUUUCAUAUUUCUUGGAUCCACCAUUGGUAUGGCAUUUGUGGAAGGCUUGUUUGAGCAUAGAGUGAAGACUCUGAGCUAUGGAGAUGGUUCUUCCAGGAUAUGGGAAGGGCCCCUUUUGGUGAUAAUGUACUCCUUUGUGGUGCUUAUUGACUCCAUGAUGAGUGCAGUUUUCUAUUUCAGUUGCAGGUCUUUUAGUAUGGGAGCCUCCGGUGGAGAAUCUCACUCAAUUUUGGAAACUGUGGCAUUGUCAUCUGGAUCAAUGGAUAUUCAAUGACAUCAUUGUGCAAACUGAUGCAUGACUUGUAAAGCUUCUAUGACUUGAAAUCAUAAGUGCUGGAGCUGCUCAUAGGAUUUGAAGAUUUUACUGCUAGCCAUGAGUUCCUUAACCAAUUACCACUGACAAGGAGCAAAUUUGGGUGGAUCAUCUGAGUGAAGGGUUUAUCAUGUAGGUAACCUUACAAGGCUUUCAACUAAUAUUGAUAUAUGAUUCAGGCGCAUAGAAGUGUUUCUGUGAUCAAUGAAUGCAGGGAUUGAAUAGAUGCAGCUCAAGGCCUGGCAAGUACAACAUUUAUGAAUUGGUUGCAUUCCCAAUGGAAAAAAUUCUGGACAAUUGGUCCAUCAGUACAUCGGUCCUAGUAGCUAAAAGGAUUGGGGAGAUCGGAUUUUUGAUUUAACUUACGAUUUUCUCGAGAUCGAGCUUAGAGAGCUCGUGGUUUUAUAGCAUGUUUAGGAAAUAGAAAGAGAAAAGGGUGAUCCAAUUAGGCGAGCAGAUCAGACUCGCAGAUAGAGAGGACUACAGUACCGCCCUGUCUAUAGGGAUGAUGAAAGUAUGAACGCCGCAUGCGUGAGGUUGUAAAUAGCAUCUAGUGCUCCGAUAGUCAGGUGAUCCAGUUAGGCGAGCAGAUCAGGCUUGCAGAUAAAGGGGACUACAGUACUGCCUUGUCUAUAGGGUGAGUAUUUUUGGAAAAUCGCUUUUUGAGUAGUCCCUAAAUCUUGGUGAGGGUAUUUUGGGAAUGGUUAUGUAUGCAUAUUCUAGAAAUUUUGACACUCUGGAAUUGUAUAUAUUGACGUGGUUAUAUGUAUUCUGCUUCCCAUUGAGUUUAUGGUUAUACAAGUUCCACA